CCUGAUCUCGCGACAGCUUCAACAUUACCUAAAGGCUAACACAAGGUUUAUACAUAGACAAGUACAUAGACCACCGUUCCGUUUAUAGCUCACGCCGCUUGACUUUCCACUAUUUUCCUACCACAUAUAGACACCAGAUAUACCAUCGAUGCUUCAGUCAUGAAAUAAAAAACAAUCCUCCGAGCUGUUCGUCAUGGAACAGCCAUUCUCUACCUCCAAAGUCACAGUCGAAUAUUUCGACCCUCACGAUGUAUACAAGCUCCUAGCGCCCGGAUUGGUGCCAAGACUUCCUCUGCGCAACCUCCAUUGGCAAUCCCACGCCGGCCCCCUUCGUUCUAUUGAUACCUUACAUAUCGACCUCGUUCCGGCUGGUGAGAAGAAAUCCGUUACUUCGCCUCCUUCGUCCCAACCUCCUUCUCAACAUCCGGAUAGCACUGCUACUCGUGAUGAUGGCUUCCAAACUCAGAUUGGAGCGACAGCUUCCUCCGAUGCUGUGGACCAGACUACGAAUCGGAAUAGCACACCAGCACGACGUCAUCAGAUACCUGGUUUAAGGAAUACACCCUACCUAAAGGUGUUUUUAGUGCGAUGUGACGAUAAUGAUUCUUAUAAGGGGCAUGUGAGACAAGAGAUACGAGAUUGGAUCAAAACGAAUACUCCUUCCUCCACCUCUAAGAAAAACACGGCCGAGAAUCAUGACGCUUUCGAAUGGCUGAUCGUCCACGUCGUGAUACCAAAUACAGUUGCUGCGACCCAACCGCGUGACUCGGGCUCUGCGUCCGAGAAAGCUUCCGCGGCAUCUAGAUGGAGACCUGCGUCAAGCCCGAUCCUUGAGAAGAUGAAGUCCGACUUUAACACUUCUAGUAAAGGGACAGCGGACCGGAUCGCCCAAAUUCGCAUUGGUGUCAACGAUGUCCCGUACGACCUGCUCCCACGCGUGGUACCUGCUGUACCGACCGGUUAUACCGAAACGGAACAGGAGGCGGAGAAUGCCUGGACGGAUCUUGUGUCCAAGUUCCGCAGUCUCAUCCUGUCUAGUUUCGACGUACGAGUUAGCCAGUAUGAAGAGGAUAUCAGGGAGAAAGACGCGCAGAGGACUUUACCCGGAUGGAACUUUUGCACAUUCUUUAUCCUUAAAGAGGGAUUAGCUCGGGGCUUCGAAAGUGUUGGCCUGGUAGAGGAUGCGUUAGUCGGAUAUGACGAGUUAAGCGUGGGACUUGACAUGAUUGUCAAGGAUCAAACGUCGGCUGGAUCCAGCUCUGCUACAAAUGAGCUUUUAGGCUACACGGAGGCGUUGAAGCAGAUCGCUCUCAAGGCUAGGGUAGCGAUCACAGGAGCCGAUUAUGAGGAUGAAGACGAGUUAGUUGAUCUACAGUCAUCCCAGGCUGAAGCUACUCAACCGAAGGGCGCAUACGACGAAAUUCCCAUCAGCUCUAGUAAGAAGCCAUAUCGUGAUAUGAUCGUCGCAAACAACGUGUCUGUUUUCGACUUCAGGUGUUACAUCUUCGCGAGGCAGAUUGCUCUCUUACUCCGGCUCGGGAAUGCCUGGUCGACUAGAGAAGAGCUGCUAGCAAAACUCAAGGAACAACAGGAGUCAGUCCUACAUGGUGUUGCGCCUCGAGCGCUACCUUCUAAGCAAAAGGAAAAUGAGCACGAAGAUUUAACCAUGCUUGCUGAGAUUUGUCGACGCACAUUGGAAUUCAUACCGAUGCUUUCACAGGUCAUGAGAAAUGAUGUCUUUGCUGCGUUGUCCGAUAUGGCUAAAGAGGACGGAGCCGAAGCAGCAGCAACGGCUCAGCCAGACCCCUUAGCUUCUGAAGUGGUCGACAAUCUGGUGGCUUCCUUUGCAUUUUCCAUCGCGCAACAAAUCCUGGCUCAGACAUCUACCAAGGCUCUCCCAAUACCUACGUCUCCCCUGGCUUCUCCAGAUUCUCACGAGCCAAAGUCAGCUAUACCUGAACCGAAGACAAUGAUGCAUCCAGCGAGAAAUUCCUCACUGGCUAUACGGACAAGUGGUACAGCCAACGUAGGUCGUCCGCCUCCAAGUCCGAACAUUUUCGCACCUCAACCUGGCGCUAUGAGCGAGCAGGCCCAGUCGACAUUCCUUAAAGCUGGACUAGAAGAGCUCGCCGCCAGGAGAGCAGAGCUCUAUAUCUUAUCCAGAAAUAUUCUCGCCGAAUGUGGAAAGAAACGGGGUUGGAAUGACGGCUGGGCUGACGUACCAGUCAUAGGACAAACGAGCAUGAUUGAAAUGGUGGACAUCGAUCUAGGGGAUGACAGUAACGACAACGAGAAGCCGCCAACAGAGGACAAUGAUACUCCGGCCGAUAAAGAUUUUGUUGUGUCACUUUCAGGUAUUGACAAUAAGCUUCUCAAAACAGCUCUCGACAAUAGUAACGAUUUCUAUCGUCUUUAUGAGACACUCACCGAUAAAGCUCUCCGACAUUACACUGUUGCCGAUCAUCAAUACUCGGUGCAGACGAGCAUGGCAGAUAUAGCAGUAUUAAAAUACUAUCUUGGCGACUACGGCUCAGCCUCUUCUUAUUUUUGGAGAACCACACCCUUUUUUGGAGAGAGUGGCUGGAGUCUUCUCGAGCUAUCUAUGCUAGUCAUGUACUCAAGGAGCCUAAAGCAACUCCAGCGAAAAGACGAAUAUGUUAAGGUCAUGCUGAAGCUUUUGACGAAAGCCGCAGCCGCCGAGAGAGAUCGCCAAGCCGAAAAAUCGGGAUUUCGACUGACAAAGAUAGAACACGUUGAUUACCCUGAUAGCGAGGUUAUUAAAGGGAUGUUAGGCGACCUACUUGUAGCGACUAAGACCCUACCGAACGAAUUACAAAUAUCACUAUCAAGUUUCUUUUCGGUUGUAGAAGUUGAUGGUCCGCCGGAACACCACCAGGGUCAUGACAGCAUUUCCCUUAACUUGAAAGUGGUCAGCUUACUGGUGGAUAACUUUGAAAUCGACUCUGCCAAAGUGCGGGUCAUAAGUCCAGCUGGGAAAUCGUCAAAGGAAAUGCGGUUUGAGCUCACGCAGCCGAUAGUGAUAAAGCCCGGCAAGAAUAUAGUCAAACUAAAGAGUAAUUCGACGAUCCCGGGGACGUAUGAAAUCGACAGGAUAGAUCUCGUAGCUAGUAACCUAUGUCUUCAUUACGAACGAGAACCUGGCCAACCGGUAAAUAAGGACAGCGAUAUUGUCCAAUCCCCUCAUGUUGUCAUUUAUCACCAGGCCGACACGUUAGAUGUGCGGUUACACGCGUCGCACCAUGUCCAACUGGAUCGAAACAAUACAGUAGACAUCGAGCUAGACCCCGGCUGGAAUAACUUGGUGAAUGCUGAGGUUCGAGUUAAGGCGGCUACGGGAGGGCUAAGACUCCUUACCAGCGAAGCGAGGUGCAUCAGCUCUUCUGUCAGCUUCUCCAAGCCGCCAGAGGGGGGGUUAUUCUGUUUCGACUCUAUAUCGCAGAACGAUAUCGUCCGAAUUCGAUUCCCCUUCACAGUCGAGCAAGAGACGCUUAACAUAUCCAUCCGCAUCGAUGUGUCUUAUACUACUGAAAAUGGCAAAUUCUUCUUUACGAAAACGCCUACCAUCGAAACCGCUCUGGCUCUCGGUGUCAACGUCCAAGACGUCUUCAAGCACAAGGCUCUUUACUCUCGUUUCACCGUGUCUACCGCGAGUCACAGCCCCCUACGCCUAUUCAGAAGCGAACUCAUUAGCUCAGAUGUCUUCAAGGCGGAAUUUGGUGUACCACCCAGCGCCCCUGUGGUUAUCUUCUCGAAGCAACCAGCCAGCUUAUUAUACAGGAUCAUCCGCAACACCGACGUGCAGCUCACGCCUAAUACUAAGAAGACCAUGUACCUCAGACUUCAUUACAGCGUCCUGCAAGAAGAGAUCGAAUCCGUGUUUAAAGAUUCCAUCACCAAAUCCCUGGAAGACAAAUCGAUACGUCCGUUCUCUCGGCUCUUGUGCUCGGUCAUAAUUCCUCAUGUCCGACAUCAUCUGACGGGACAGGAGCUCGAGCGUGCGGCUCUGACCGGGUUCGUUCCCACCGCGUUCUUGACAUCCGUCAGCUGGGCCAAAUAUUUCACCGGCUUGGGCAAGACGCCCGACGGUGCCGACUGCGUUCAAGCCUUAACCUCUUUUGUCCGAACGUGGCAAGCGGAAAACCCAAAACUGGCUCUUGAAACCUCGGUCCCAGCCGAGUCCAGGUCGAUCCUCAUCCCGGUGGACAUACCAUCCCUGACCAUCGUCCACACGGCCGACAUCCGUCUCCAACAAUCCCCACAACCAUCUCCCGCACUCCCAUCUACCCCAUCAACCCCGACCAUCUCUACUAAUCAGCUCGUACCCGCGGUCUUGCACCUCAAGUGGACCCGGGUCUGGGACACGACCACCCCGCCCGCCGAGCAGACCGACCUCGAGUUCAGCUACGAGAUCAUCGCGACCCAGGAUACGUGGCUGCUAGGCGGUCGGCGCAAGGGGCAUUUCGUCAUCCCAGCUCCGUCCUCCUCCUCUUCUUCUUCCUCUUCUUCUUACGAAAGCACCCCCGACACCGAAGCCUCGAUCCCGAUCCUCCUGAUCCCGCUGCGCGAGGGCUGGCUUCCGUAUCCGACCGUCGAUAUCCGGGAGGUGCGGACGUACGAGAACGCGGCUGGAGCCGGAGCUGGAGGCGAAGCGGGAGGAGGCGUAGGAACAGGGGGGGGAGUAGGAGGAUCGCAGUUCGAGACCGAUCUGAAGAACCUCGGGGAGACGGUCAGGAUCCUUGCCGACAGGGCCCGCGUCACGCUUAGCCUGGACGCGAGCGGCCCUGGUGGCGGCCCGUUGGUGUUGGAUGUGCAGCGGUUGCCGGGUGUGAGCGGCGGUGGUGAUGGGGACGGGUGUGUCGAGGGUAAAGCCGUUGCGUGAUUCGCGGAGUGAGUUAUAAAAGGUCCUUACCCGAACGUAUAUAGACUUGUUGGUUUAUCUAGAGGAGUUGUAAGACACACGCACUCUAGGUACCUUACAUAAGGAUGCUUUGAAGCUGAAGCUGAAUAGCUGUAUGUAAGGCGUAGGUCCAGAUAGCACUUACGCUUGUCGCGGCUAAUUCAGAUAAUAUACACACAACCCUACAUUAA